AUGAAGACCCUGCUGCUACUGGCAGUGAUCAUGGCCGUUGGUUUGCUGCAGGUGCAUAGCGAUAUGAUACAGUUCUCAAAAAUGAUCAAGUACAUGACUGGGAAGAACGCUCUUGUGAAUUACAAUGGCUACGGCUGUCACUGCGGUCUGGGUGGCAAAGGAGAACCCAAGGAUGCGACAGAUCGGUGCUGUGUUGUCCAUGACUGCUGCUAUGAACGUCUGAAAAAUAUGAAGUGUGGCACCAAACUCCUGAACUACACGUACAGCAUGAGUGGAGGCAAAAUCACCUGUGCAAAGCAGGACCGCUGUAGGAGCCAACUGUGUGAAUGCGAUAAAGCUGCUGCCUACUGCUUCGCUCAGCAUAAAAAUACCUAUAACAUAAAGCUCCGGAAUUACUCCAACCUGCGGUGCACUGGAAGCAAACCCAGCUGCUGA